CUUUCUCACACAUACCGAGGGUUGUGUGAUGCCACUCAAAAAACGGCAUUCACAUCUAAAGCUCCAUUACUUUGUGUCUCCUACGAGUUUCUACAGUUGUGGUCCUGGGAAUACUUACCUGUAGGACGACCGCAGAUAGUAGAACCCGCAACCCCGUACAACUAUGGUGAGGGUGUUGUAACUAUGUCCACUCGGUGGAUGCUGGGUCGAAAAAAAUGGUCUACUAAAAUUGCAAAAAAUUGUUACCCCAUAUACCAUGAUCAGUUUGAGCUUCUUAACGACUCACUAAUAACAUGGAACCCGUGGACUGAGGCGCACAUUGAUAUGGUAUUUGGUUCGCAACACAUGCCAGUGGAAUGCGUGAGAGAUAGUGCCUUUUGGAUGACUCGCUGCAAUUUACUCUAUCUAUGGUUUGUGGAACCGUAUAAUCCUGACCGUGUCAUGAGACAGUUCGGUCUAUAUCAAGAUAUUCCACCACCGGUUCCAAGAUGUAUCGACGAAGAAACUCAUAAGAUGAGCAAUAUGGGCAGAUCUGGUGUGGACUGGAAUGCAGAAAACAUUGAAUGGAUAAAUCAGUGGAAUAAUGAAGCUCUACAAAAUAUAGUGCCUCAGCAACGAACGUACGAUGCAACUACGACAGAAGCGUACUAUAAUUGGUAUCGCAUGAGCACGCGUACUAGACUGACGAGCGAACCACCUACGAUGCCAACACAUCCAACGCAUAUGGAACAGUUGCAGAGACGGAUGGACACAUCAUCAGCUUACUAUCGUGACUCCGCGAUUGAUAUUUGCACCCAAGUACAAGCGAUGGCGAGUGAAGGAAUGCGAGCCGAGGGAAGUGAUCCUAAACGCAGGUCGUGGUUUAAAAAAAUUAGCGAAUUCGUGAGCACAAGGAUUACGAGAUGCGGUACAGAGAACGACGUUGUCACUGCAGCGUACAACAUUCCGGAACCGAGGUCAGCUAGACCGAGUGGGGCGCCGUCGUCGUCCAUGCGGUGGGCAGAGGGUCGUAAUACUAUGCCGACACUUCCACGACAUGACUCUUCUCUACCAAUACAUGGGCAGACAUCACAGGUAAAUGCUCCAGAUGUAGGAUCGACACCCGAACAGACUCAUUUCAUGGAGCAGGAUGCAUAUACAGCAUAUGACGCACACAUUCAAGGAUCUCAGCCAUAUCUGCCCACACGAGGGAUUAGGAUGCCCGAGGAGAAUCGUUGGGCUGAGACAUGCGAGGGAGCACAAAGCUACAACAGCGGACAGGUAGCAUUUUGGUACCUUGUACAGAAGUGA